AUGUCGAAUCCUUUAGUCUGCUACUCCUUGCGUAAGCGCCCUGUUUGGGCCUCCUUAGCCGAGGCGCUUCUACAGGGAGGCAACAGCACCAGAUGGAAAGAGGCUAAACUUGAUACCCACGAUGUGGCUCUCCCUUUACCGAAUCCUGGCGCUACACCACAAAGGAUUCUGCGGGCUCUUCUGCUGUCACCGCCUGACGUUGGUAAGAUUGAAAGUCGAACCCGGAUUCAACGACUAUUUCACCUAAAUGGAGGGCAAGACAUCGCGAUCGUGUUCUUGCUUCAAAAAGGGCAGGGCCAAGAAAGCCCUAUGACGGCGCUUAUGACACUUCAGCUAGAUCUUGUCGAUGAAUUUGAAAUACCUAUUAUCCUCGUUAACUCGGUUCAAGACGUAUCGAUCAACUUGAUGGCAUUUCAUCGUCAAAUCAGUAUUAGCAAUGGAUCCCGGAGGACGGCGAACCCAGUUCAAACUCUCCUUCCGUAUUGCUCUGACGGACAACUUCUGUCUGAGCAUGCGGUUAAUGUUCUAACCGAUCUCACGUCUAACUUCAGGGAUUUUGUGGGAGCGGCGUCGACGCAGGCGGGACAGAUGAAAAUGGCCGAAUUCUUAGGAAGUGACUCGCAAGGCAUUGCCUCCUUCUGGGCAAAUGAAUAUCUGGUUGAAUGA